AUUUUAGUGUAUUAAACACAUCACUCCACCAUGGACGACCUCUUCAACCGUACGUUAGAACGCUUCGACGAAGACCGAUGGAGCAAUCGAACUACUUCCGUUUUGCCAACGAUCGGGACGUCCGGCGAGAUGCGUGCGGAGGACGGUGACUUCCCGGACGAAACCAGCAGAUUUUCCCGCCCAUUGCUCACGUUUGCCGCCAUUGCCACCAUAACGAUAAUGGUAACAGGAAUUUUUGGCAAUCUGUUAACGAUCGUAGCAUUGCUUCGAUGUCCUAAGGUGCGAAAUGUUGCAGCCGCUUUCAUUAUCAGCCUGUGCAUUGCGGACUGUCUGUUUUGCAUAAUCGUCCUGCCAUUCAACGCGAUACGCUUCAUCCAGGGCACGUGGAUGCACGGCGAAACACUCUGCACGCUGAUAACGUUUAUGCAAUACGGCAGUGUCGGUGUGUCGCUGCUUUGCAUCACAAUGAUCAGCAUAAACCGAUACAUCAUGAUCGCACACUAUAGCAUCUACCCGAAGGUGUACAAGACGUCUUGGAUUAUGGUGAUGAUCAUUGCCUGUUGGUUGUUUUCCUACGGCUUCCAGCUACCGACACUGUUCGGUGUUUGGGGUAAAUUUGGCUACAACCAUCAACUGGGCACCUGCUCUAUUCUGCCGGACGAUGAAGGACGCAGCAGCAAAACGGCCAUGUUCAUCAUUGCCUUUAUCAUUCCGUGCAUUAUUAUCGUGAUAUGCUACAGCCGCAUCUUUUGCGUCGUUCACAAAUCAGACAAACGAAUGAAAAACCAUUCCAAAUCCCAGUGCAACAUUCCAAACAAUCUGCGAUCGGCGGCCGAUCCGGCCUCACCACUCUCAGCCGGCAGUUCCGGCUCGGCCAACAAUAACUCUAUCAGCUACACGGCCAGUUCGUCCGCGGUAAAGGUGGCGGGUGCGGCACGCAGUGCCAACGAUGCGCGCGAUGCUAAGGCCCGACGGAACGAGUGGCGCAUCACGAAGAUGGUGCUGGCCAUUUUCCUGUCGUUCGUUAUGUGCUACCUGCCGAUAACGAUUUCCAAAAUUGUGGACAAAAAUGUUUCGGUACCGGUGCUGCACAUCAUUGGCUACAUUAUGCUGUACCUUUCCGCGUGUAUCAAUCCGAUCAUUUACGUGAUCAUGAACAAACAGUACCGGCAGGCGUACAAGACCGUAAUCUUCUGCAAGCCUUCACGUUUGCUCGGUUUCACGCACGGUGGUAGCAGUGUUGGAGAGAAAUGGAAAGACAUAGGGUACAGCUACAACCACAGUCGUACCAUGGUGUCCCAAGUUUCAAUAGCCGAACCCGAGUCGCCCCCAUCCAGCCGACUUCGCCAAGAUUCGCCGCACCCACAACAUUUAGUCGCCAUUCAAGAUAGUUAGUAGAUAAGAUAGUUGUGAGCACUCACAAACGCGUGGACUGAAAAGCAUUAUCUUCCUCCCAA